GGCUUUCUCUUCUUUCCUCCCUCUCACUCCUCCCAACAAACCCACCUAACCAAACUUUCAUUCCUACAUUCUUCGCGCCGUUCUCUACGUUUCGCGAAAUCACAGCUGGCCUGGGCGACAUUCAACGCGACAAUAUACCCGAAAUGGCCCAAAUCCGAGGUACAGCAGGUUACCACCUAGGUGGCCCAAACCCCUUCGGAGGUCCCAAAAACGAUGUCGCCGAUCCCAGUCCCCUUGACGCGAUUCGAGAACAAACCAGCAAGAUUGAGGAUGUCUUGGACACUAUUAGCGAACCGAUUAAGCCGUAUCUACCAGCCAUCGGACGCUUCUUGAUCGUUGUAACAUUCCUUGAGGAUGCCCUAAGAAUCAUAACACAAUGGAACGACCAACUAGUGUACUUGAAUAAUUAUAGGCAUAUUCCUAGUGGUUUAACACAUUUGUUCCUCAUUGUGAACGUCUUAACCAUGUUCGCCUGCUCCACCCUCGUCAUCAUCCGAAAGUAUUCCGACUAUGCCGUCGCCGGUCUCGUGGGAGUUGUUAUCACCCAAGCCCUCGGAUAUGGUUUAAUCUUCGACCUCAACUUCUUCCUCCGCAACUUGUCCGUCGUUGGUGGAUUGAUCAUGGUGCUAUCAGACUCAUGGGUUCGAAAGACUAAGGCAUUCGCGGGUCUACCCCAACUCGACGAGAAGGACCGAAAGAUGUACUUCCAGCUAGCUGGUCGUGUGCUCCUCAUCUUCCUCUUCAUUGGCUUCGUUUUCAGCGGAGAAUGGUCCGUCUGGAGAAUUGGUGUGUCAAUCAUUGGUCUGAUCGCUUGUAUUAUGGUGGUUGUCGGAUUCAAGGCCAAGUUCAGCGCCACCCUUUUGGUCGUCAUUCUGAGCGUUUUCAACGUUCUAGUGAACAACUUCUGGACUCUCCACGAACACCACCCCCACAAGGACUUCGCCAAGUACGAUUUCUUCCAGAUCCUUUCCAUCGUCGGUGGUCUCCUCCUGCUCGUUAACAGCGGCCCCGGACAGUUCAGUAUCGACGAGAAGAAGAAGGUCUACUAAGCUCACCAAGCUACUUGGAGCUUAUUGGAGCUUAUUGGGGCAUCAAAGAAAACUCUUCCGCAUCGCGAUCGCAUAAGACCCUUCCUUGGCUAGG